AUUGAUCAUUCUCUAUAGUUUUGAGUGUGCCAACAAUUUUUAUCUUCCAACUGUUCCUUCAGGAGCUUCAGUAUAAAAGUCCUUUGCACUAAACUGCUGCAUCUUCAUUUUCUUUGUGAUAAUAAUCAUACUGAGAGACCAUAUAGCUACAGUGAUGAAGAUUAUUGUUUUGUUUCUUAUCCUUGGUGCCUAUGCCAUGGCAGUUCAAUCAGGGCCACUCUCUCUUGAUAUGGCUUGUGACAGGGCUUUCUCUGCUGUACUUUGCACCUUUGAGUUCACCAACAAUGGAAGAGAGGACUUGUAUCUGCUAACAUACAACACUCCUCUUGAAGGACCAUACUCUCCAUUUAUAACUCUCUCUCUUAACGGUAAAUCUCUUCAAUAUGAAGGUAUUUUUGCUUCUCGCACUCCUCCUACAAGGGAAGGAUUUGCUCUCAUAAAGGCGAGACAGAGUGUUUCUGCAUCUAUUCAAAUCACAGAAGUCUUCUCCAUUCACAGGGAUGGUCACUACACUGUGAGAUAUGCUCAACCAUUGCAAUAUCUUUCAGCAAAUGAGAUGAGACAGCAGUAUUACUUUGAUGAUGUUAUAGAAGUCAGCCAGUCCAUUCUUCCUUCUCAAUCUGUCGACCUUUAUUUGGAUAAGACAAAGUCUCUAGAUAAACCAACAAAACAAGAUGAGCAAACAGCUGGGAAAGAAGUUAUCACAAUUAAAGCAUGUCGUACCACUGUUUCUGUAGGAUCUGAUGCCUCAAUUGUUGAAGCCCACAAGAAGCUAUGCUCUCAUGUUCAUAAAGUUAAAGAUGCUGUUGAUAAAAAGAACAAGACACUGUACCAGGAAUGGUUUGAGGCUAGGCCUACCCAUGGGCCUGACCAUGGACGUAAAAAUAAAGUAAAAGAUGUAUUCCAAAAGGUCGAUACUGGAAUUCACACUAAAUCAGUUAAGUAUGUCAUCAAUGGUGUUUAUUGUCAACCCAACUGGGGAGCUUAUACCUAUAAAGGUAGUACCACCACUUACAUUUGUCCUGGUCUCUCCAAUUUUCCCACCCUGUGCAGUGAUGAUACAAAGUAUAACAAGGAAGGAGUUCUACUUCACGAGUGGAGUCAUGCUUUUGGCCAUACUUCUGAUCAUGCCUAUGGUCCAAGGGAAAGCAGGAAACUAGCAAAGAAUUAUCCUGAUAAAGCAGUUGAUAAUGCUGAUAAUUACAUGUAUUAUUACUGCCUCUCCAUUCAUUAGGAUGUGCUGCACUGCAAGAGAUUAGAAAAUCCAGGAACAUUAAUUAUUAGCUAUAUCAUGCAACACUAGUGACUAUAGGCUAGUUAAAAUGCACAUUUUCUCCUAUUUUUCAAAUAAACUUAUAUCUUCCUGGCAAAAAA